AUGGCACGUUCACCAGAUAGAAGACAUCGCGAUCGAAGCCGAACGCGAUCGCCAGAAAGACGUCGUGCACGUAGCCCUAGCAUCGAUCGACAUAAAGAUGAAUACGGCAGAGACCGUAAAAGAAAACAUCGUCAUCGCUCACGAACACCCGAAGAGCGAUCAAAGAAAUCUAAAGAUAAAAAACACAAGAAAUCAAAACGAGAUCGUCAUCGGGAUGAAAGCGAAGAAGAAAUUGAAGAUACUGAAGAAAUACCCAAUGCAUCUCAACCAUCUUUAGAGAAUCUUGGCUAUUCUAAUGUCAACAACCCAUUUAAUGAUGUAAAUUUGGAAUCAAAGUUUAUUUGGUCAAAGAAAAAGGAAAGAGAUCGAAAAGAGCUUGGCUUAAGCCAAGGAGAUAUCAAACGACGAGAACGUGACAGACGACGAGAAGCAGAAGAGGAAUUAACUAAGCUUAAUAAACGAAGAGCAGAACGUGAAAUCGAGAUGCAACUACGUGAAGAAGAACUUGCACGGAUGCAACGUGAUGCAGAACUCGCUCAGAUGGGAGACUGGCAGGCCAAAGAAGAAGAAUUCCAUCUUGAGCAAGCGAAAAGAAGAGCAGAAAUUCGUAUAAGAGAAGGUCGUGCUAAACCUAUUGAUAUUCUCGCCAUGAAUUUGCGUUUGGCGAACGAACCCGAAAAAGUCGAAGAAGAAGUCGAGCUGGAGAUCGAUUUGGAAGAACCAUACACCAUCUUUGACAAUUUGACACUUAGCGAGACCGAAGAGCUCUAUCGUGAUAUACAAAUGCAUCUUAACCUCGAGAAAAAUGAAAAGACUCUGGAUUUCUGGCGUGCGCUUAUUGUUGUAGCUGACGACUGUCUUGCCAAACUCAAAUCUGAUGAAGCUGCAAUUGCAUCGGGCGGAGUGGCAGAAAGUGUGAACCAAGAUAUUCAGCGUGUAUUAUCCGGGAAGACAUUUGCACAGCUCACUGUCCUUCAGAACCAGAUUUUACGCAAACUUCAGUCGAAUGAACCUGUGGAUGUUGAAUACUGGGAAAACCUGCUAAAAGAACUUGUUGUCUUUAAAUCCAAAGCUAAACUCAAUGAUAUGCAUCAAGAAUUAUUGGCAAAACGUCUUAAUCAGCUGCGUAUGAGACAAAGGGAGGAAGCUCUCAAGGUUCAGGAAGAACUCGAACGUGUGCUUUCUAUGCAAUCUGCUGAAGUACAGGGACGAGGCGUUGGUGAAGGAGAGGGUAUGGAGGCAUUUGAAAAUGGAAGUAAUGAUAAGGAUCAGGAACCAAGUGGACUUUUGAUCGAGAAAUACGAUCGCUCGAUGAGUCCUGAGCCCAUGACGAGACUCGAUAGAGACGAUAGAGAAUUGGAGGUUGUUGAUCCGAUUAAAGACCUUAGAAAACUUAUGGAUGAUCGUCGAAGAGUCUUGUCAAGUAAGAUUAUUCCGAUGAAGACAAAAGCUAAACCCGAGCCUGUGAUUGAAAAGCCCCUGGAUGAGUCGGUCGCAUCGGUCGUUCUCUUUGAGCAAGAGGCUGCUAAGGGUAUUGAUGAGGAUGAGGCCAUUUUCAACAUUGAAGCCGAAUUAGCAAAACAGACAUACAUGUGGCAAGACAAAUAUCGUCCACGCAAACCAAGAUACUUUAACAGAGUCCAUACUGGUUACGAAUGGAACAAAUACAACCAAACACAUUAUGAUCACGACAACCCGCCUCCAAAGGUCGUCCAGGGUUACAAAUUCAAUAUAUUCUAUCCUGAUCUUAUCGACAAGUCUGUGGCGCCGACUUAUUAUAUUGAAAAGGACCCUGAUUCUCCAGAGACAGUCUUGAUCCGUUUCCGUGCUGGACCUCCUUAUGAAGACAUUGCCUUCCGUAUCGUUAACCGUGAAUGGGAAUAUUCGCACAAGAAGGGAUUUAAAUGCAGUUUCGAUAGAGGAGUCCUUAGUCUUUGGUUCCACUUUAAACGCCAAUUCUAUCGUAAAUAAACAACAUUGGUUUUAUAGACCACUUCU